UAUAUGGAGGGAAGUAGAUCUGGCACGUAUGUCCACUAUCUCGGCUACUUUUGAAAAAUCCAGUUUCGCCGCUUUCUAAUACAAUUCCUUUCACUUUAAACACGAGCGGUUUAGUAUGACUGAAUAACACUCACCGGGGGACAAAAUGGUGGUUGUUUACGAUAUUUUCAUGGCGGACUAGGUUUCGAAGCGGAGCGAUUUUCUCAGACCGUGGUUCGCCAUUUCCAUAUGUGGCAUGCAGUGUAUGUUUCUGGAGGGGGUGGCUUUGAUUGAUGGACUGUAGGCGGAAACAUCACUUCGUAAACUUUGCACAGUUGUUGUGAGUCAAUUUAUUUCUCUUACUGAUAGGAUUGUUGAUUGUAACGUGUAUUGUUUGAACAUACGUGUUUGGGGGUCGACAGAACUACUCCCAUUACUGGCGGACUACAGUCGUUUUCAACUCGGUUGUCAACAGAAGAACGGUGAAUGCUAUCCAUCUUUACCUGUGUGAAAACAACACUUUAAAUUGCCAACCACAAGUCCCACCUGAAGACUGAAUAAUCUGCCAUCGGGCCUUGGGUCACCAGGAUAGAUUUAUUUGCAAAAAGCUCAGCUGGUCGAACUAGUGAACGGCGACAACGUUGGCUGCAGUUAGCUCCUCGUUCGGAAGGACGGACGGACGUACCGGGGGGGACGUGCCAUUGAUGUUUGCGGGAAACGGCGCAGGUAUGGGCACCCGAGGGGGUGUGCGAGCUGGCAACGGGACUGGAUUAACGACGCUACAGGUUGGCAACACGGCCGGAGGUCUCGGUGGUGGUGGUAGUAUGAGCACGGGCAUCGCCAUGCCAGGCGGCGGCGGAUACGACGAGAGGGAGUCCGCCGAGGUGGUCGUCAGCUGCUCCGACGCGGAGUCGGAUUCGGGGGAUGACGAGGACACAGGUUCAGCUGGGGACAGGAGAGGGGUGAAGCGCGAGAGAGCGGAGAUGGAGGUCGGUGGUUCGGCGGGACCGGCGGGUGGCUUGGCGCCCGGUGGCUACGGAGCAUCGGUCGGUAGUGGGGCGGCCGGAGCGAAGCCAGGCAAGAAGACUCGCGGGCGAGUCAAAAUCAAAAUGGAAUUUAUCGACAACAAGCUGCGGCGGUACACAACUUUCAGCAAACGGAAGACGGGGAUCAUGAAAAAGGCCUACGAGUUGUCCACUCUGACGGGCACGCAGGUGCUGCUGCUGGUGGCGAGCGAGACGGGCCACGUGUACACGUUCGCCACGCGCAAGCUGCAGCCCAUGAUCACCAGCGAGACGGGCAAGGCGCUGAUCCAGACGUGCCUGAACUCGCCCGACUCGCCCGCGCCGCGCGCCCCCAACGACCCCAGCAGCGAGCAGCGCAUGAGCGCCACGGGCUUCGAGGAGACCGAGCUCAGCUACCAGGUGGCCGAGGGGGCCGAGGAGGGCAAGGCCGUGUUCACUCUCUCCUCCCUCCAGAGCGGAGUCCCCAGCAGCACCUCCACCCCUCCCUCCUCCUCCUCCUCCUCUUCCUCCCCUCCGCCUCCCCCUCUCCCCUCCUCCUCCUCCUCUUCGGCCCUCCCCUCCUCCUCCUCCAUCUCCUCCUCCUCUGGCGCCACCUGCUGGUCGGUAGGAGCUAACGGCACCGUGCUCAAGAGCACCGGCACACCGACCCACGCCAACGCUGGAGUGGUGCUCCCGCCGGGCUUCACCAUCAUGUCCGGCUCCGCCCUCCCUCCCGGCACGCACACCAUUCCGCUCAGCCAGCUGCAGACGCACGGCGCUCUGACCCUCCACACCUCCUCUUCCUCCUCCGUCUCCUCCUCCUCCUCCUCCUCCUCUGUCGCCACGGCCACGCCGCACGCGCUCCAGGCCUUCCAGACGCUCCAGUCGCUCCCGACGACGCUCCAGGCCGUGCACGCGCCGCAGACGCAGGGCGUGGGGCUGCCCGUCGUCACGGCGACCACGGCGGCGACGGCGGCCAACGUCUCGCACGCGCUCUCGCCGUUCACGCCGCUGCAGCAGGGCGCCCCGACUCACACCUUCCUGCGCCUGCCUGUCUCACUCGCAGGUGCUGGUCUCCCUCAGCAGUUGCAGCUGCAGGUUCAGGCCUCCAGCCAGCAGGGCGGCGCCAUCAUCAGCAGCAGCAGUGACAGCACCUCCGACAUCAACCACAUCACCGUCAGCUCCACCGCGUCCCACCCCACCACCAUCAUCACCUCCUCCUCCUCUUCCUCCGUGGCGGCGGCGGCGGGUCACAUGAUGUACUCCAGCCCUCACGCCGUCAUGUACGCCACGCCCACCCACGCCGACGGGGGCGGCGGCCUCACCGUGCUCAACCCCUUCCCCACGCACUCCCAUUCGCAGGCGCAGGACGCAGGAGGGGUUCCUCAGAUGUUCUUCACUGGUCCUCAGGGCACAGUCCAAAUCCCUGUCUCUGCUGUUCCACUGCACUCGAUGCUGAUUGGUCAGCAGCAGCCAGGGGGCGGGGGCAGCAGUAACCUCACAGAGCUGCGAGUGGU